UCCAGCGCUAUAUAGGAGCGAGGGAAGCAGCUGGGCUGCAGACGGAGCCUGUGCUGCCCGCUUUGGCCAUCACUCACACUCUUCUCACGGCCGAGGAAACUACAGCCUGCCAAGAUGUGCAAAGGAUUAGCAGCGCUGCCCCACACUUGCCUGGAGAGGGCCAAGGAGAUCAAGACAAAGCUGGGCACACUGCUCCAGAAGCCUGACUCGACCAUUGACUUCAUCAUCCCCUACCCCGAGAAGCCGGAGAAGCCACCCAAGGCCCAGAAGCCAUCUCCAGAGGAGGCUCUGCAGUGGCGUGAUUCCUUGGAGAAGCUCCUGCAAAAUCCCUAUGGGCUCGCCAGCUUCCGCAGCUUCCUGCGCUCAGAGUUCAGCGAGGAGAACGCUGAGUUCUGGGUGGCCUGCGAGGACUACAAGAAAACCAAGUCCCCUGUGAAGAUGGCAGAGAAGGCCAAAAAGAUCUAUGACGAGUUCAUCCAAACUGAGGCACCCAAAGAGGUGAACAUCGACCACUUCACCAAGGCUGUGACCAUGAAGAACCUGGUGGAGCCAUCACCAACCAGCUUUGACAUGGCCCAGAAGAGGAUCUUUGCCCUGAUGGAAAAAGACUCCCUGCCCAGAUUUGUGCGGUCGGAGUUUUAUCAUGAAUUAAUCAAGUAGCAAUGCAGCAGGGCUGUGUGAGGCCUCCCCACUGCUUCUGUCUAAACACCUGCCCCUUCUCCUGCAGCUGCUUUGCUUUCUCAAUACCACCCUAGAAGAGCAGCCAGGGGUGUUGCUAAGCACCUCCCCCCAUGCUUUGGACUGUCAGAUGUCCUGGUGUUUCCUCUCUUACUAUCUCUUUCCUCUCCCACAAAAGAUCAAUUUGCAGAAACUCCCUGGAGCUAGGACCCAGAAGGGUGAGGGAGCAGCCCCAGCUCUGCAGUGACCAGGAGCCAUAUGGCCAGCUGACACAUCCCUGGUGCUGCAGAGCUUGGCAUUAACUGGAGGCUCUGAGGUGCUGACUUGCCUUCUCCUUAGAACUCCUUAGAACUUCUUAGAACUCCUUAGAACUCCUUAGAACUCCUUAGAACUCCUUAGAACUCCUUAGAACUCCUUAGAACUCCUUAGAACUCCUUAGAACAUGAUAAUUUUUCUCCUAGUGUUGCCCAUAUUGUUGGUUUGGCCCAGGCUCGCUCUGUCCUCCCAACUUCCUGGGGUGCUGCUGAGACUGCACAGGUACCUGCAGGUGCUCCCCUCCCUGGCCAAGGUAAGGUGAGACACAUCCACUGCCUGAUUGGCAUCAUCUUCCUUCAGAAAGCAGCAGGCACAGUGACAGCCAUGCAGGGCCGGGGGCAUGGCAGGACAGCAGUGACACGUACAGCAAGGAUGGCACUGUGACAAGGAUGGCAGGGACUGCUGUACGGCAGAACCAGGUUCUGGCACCAGGGGUGAGCAGAGCGAGCCUGUAGCACCUCUCCUCCAACAGCUCCACUCAGAGUCAGCCUGUUUGCCUCACUCUAAACACAAAAACAAGAGGGUAAAAUGAGACCUGUUGGUACGAAACACCAGGACUGUUUAGCAACCCAGAACUGCUCACUCCAGCCCUUGCAGGAUGCUCUGAGCUCCCAGGGCACAUCCUGUUCCACAUCCCAGUGCACAGCCCUCGUGGUGUGCUGGGAUGGCAGCUCCAGGGGCUGCUGCAGGGCUCUCUUGUUUCAGUCACUUCUCUCUGCAGUAGGCACAUCAAAGCAAUACUUCUGCACAAACCCAACAUAGGGGCAUUGAGCACAGGAGGGAGGGAAUGCAUCCUGGGGGGAAAGAAAGCUGAAAUUCCAGCUGUUCAGAUCAAAUUUGAAAAAUCCAAACCAAAUGCAAAAAAACCCAAAUGGAAACCAAGAACCAUCAUUGGAAACAUGAAAAUUGACCCCCUGGCUUCUAGAAAGGAGUGCAGAUCCUGUUGAGUUUUUAUAGCCUGUAUCACUCUCUCCUGUCUCCUCCUAUCUGCCCAGGCCAUGUGUUUCCAUAGGCUGUCUCUAAAAAGGACCAGCUGCUUUCUAAUGAUUCGAAGCCAGCCCUCUGCUAACAGAAUAAAUCAUACCUGAGGAUGGGGCAAGGGCAAACAUGAAAAGCAGCCCCCAGGGUCUCAUUUCAGCCUUGAGGGAAAUGUGAUAAACUCCUGCUCCAUGGGGCCUGGAUGGUUCAUCCCUGAGUUGGUUUCCUGGUGCAUCAUCCACAGGGUCAGGGCUUGCAAAGAGCUGCUUCAGCCAGCAAACCUGACAGAUGCCAGCAAAACAUCCAUGGCCCUGCUGCCCACUGGCAUUCCUGGUUCCCCAGACUCAGCCUCACUGCAAGUCAUGGGACUCCAUGCAAAAUGCAAUAACAUAAACAACGGAUUUUCCAGCCUCUUCAAAACUUGCAAAAUCUGGUCAAAACCCCACCAGCCCCAAAUAUUUACACGUCACUAUGGCAAUGAAGAAAAAUACAUCCCAAGCUGCAGGAAAUGGGUUGUGUUUUCCAGGGAGGAGCAGGGAGGCAGGGGAAGGAUGGAGGCAGUCACAAACGUGACUCUUUUUUUCAGCUCUGGAGCAAAAGGCCUGGGAAAGUCAGUGCUGGAGCAGCAGGGGUGAAUGUUCACAGCCAUUCCCUUGGGGUGAAUGCAGGGGGUGGCUUGGGUGAGGCUAAAGAGCCCAAGGGAGCCCAUGAGCAGCAGGAGGGUCCCACCGAAAGGGCACAGGAUGCCUGGCAGUGUCCACCGUUCAGGUGGGCAACAAGGGGGAGGCAGAAGCAGGGCUGGGUGCAAGAUGGGGGCUUGGCCAGCCCCUCUGCUGCAGGGUCAGGGUGCUCCCCAUACCUCUGCCUGCACAUGCUCCCUGCACCCUCCCAACGUCUUCAUGAACUGGUGUCAAUACAAGUGGGUUCAGCAUGUUUGAGCUCCUCAUUCACAGUGUGACUCCAAAAUGCAAAACCAGUCAGACUUCCCUGCAGAAACACCUGGAUUUUUCAUUUCUACUUGAUCCCUUGACAGCUAUUUCCAGAUUCCCUUGCACGUUUCACAGUUAAAUGCCACCACCACCAAUGCCAUAAUGUCGGGAUGCCAGCAGAGGCUCUUGCUACGCACCAGCAAACCCUGGGACAUCCCUGCUGCAGCAGCAGCAUGUGGGGCAGGGAGAAGGUGUCUACGUGUGUAUGUACUGAAAAGAAAGGUGCAGGCUGGAUUCAGGAGAGAUGAAACAACUCUGUUGGCAAUCCCUCCCUGGCUCAAUUUCUGCUAAAAUGCUGAAAGUCUACUUUGGGGGCUGCAAGUGAUCUACUGGGUGGCCAGAAAAUGUGGCCGUGGAAGCACUUUGGAGCUCUAGGGAAGUUGUGUUUGUGUAGAAUUGUCAUUUGGCUAAUUACUCGAGCAGGCUUGCCCAGACAGGUGGCAACACCUGUACCAACCCUAUGGCCCAGCUUUCCACAGGCCCAGAAGUAUUUACUAUUGGGCUGAUACCAACCAUCAUAUUUCUGGUAGGAGAUACUUCAUGUACUUUAUUACUCUAGCUCUCGUGAAACUUGGCAUAUAUAGCAGUAUAUAAACACAACAUGUACAUCUCUAUUCCUGUAUUCAUAUAUGCACAUACACACACAUAUAUUCUGGUAACAUGGGCAUCUUGACACCCUGGGAGUCAGAGAGUCAAAAAGCAAAGUUUCUGGAUGUGGUCCUUGGGGUCCAUCACAGAGAGGAGUGUGAGUGGCUUUUGCAUGGUCACAGACCCUCUUGAGGGAAACCUUGGCCUUUCAGCUGAGCAAACACAAAGGUACAUCCUCUAGGACCACCCUCUGCCUGUGGCCUCUGUGUGCCAUCCUGGCACCCGGGCUGGUGCAGGAGGCAGGUCUCGUGCUCCCCAAGGGAUCCCUAUCUCUGCCAUGGGGCAAGGCAACCCCAUGCUGCAGCCAGGGGCAUGGGGCACCAGGCACUGCCUCCAUGCCACCCUGGUGCCCACUCCCUGCCAUGGGCACACGUGGAAAAGGGCUCCCUGCAGCUGCAUCCCUCAGAGGAGCACCAGGAGAUGGUUUGAUGUGUGUUCUAUGGUGGCUUCAGCGACCUAGAGCCUCGCACCUCAUCAAUCACAGGGUGAAUCACUCAGCUCUUGUCCUGCGUGCUGAGGCUGGGCUCUGCCAGGGCUGCCCAGUCCCAGACUUGGGCACUGCCAAAGCCCAGUGGCUGAGGGUGUCCCAGAGCUCAUCUGGGCUCCCCUCAGGCCUUGGUCAUCCCUGGAGGGUGCUGCACACUGUGGCCAAGGGCCAGAGCAAAAGCAGGAGGGCACAUCAGCUCCUCACACCCGGGAGCUGCAGGUUUUCAGUCUGGAGUUCUCCAUGGGAUUUCCACUGGAGCUAUUCAUGUGGUGAAGAUGUGAGGUGCUGGUGUGCAGCAAGGAGUAGUGUUAACCCAUAUUCAUGUACCACUCAGUAAUCCACAUAUAAACAUGUAUUUCUGCUACUGUCUCAA